GCUGCGCGGCCGGGGAGGAUGCGCGCGGCGGGGCGGCCGCCGCAGUGAGCCUCGCGGAGACCGGAGCCGGCGGGCAGCCCGGGAGGCCGGGACGGAGCGGGGCGAGCUGCCCUCGCUUCCCCGCGGAGGAGGGCCCCGGAGAGGCGCGCUCCAGCCGGCCCCAGGAUGUAGGCGAUCGGCGACAGCGCUCCUGCAGGCGGCCGGCUCACCAUGAAGAAGCACUCGGCCCGGGUGGCCCCGCUCAGCGCCUGCAACAGUCCGGUCCUGACCCUCACCAAAGUGGAAGGGGAGGAGCGCCCCCGGGACUCCCCGGGCCCGGCGGAGGCCCAGGCGCCGGCCGGGGCGGAGGCCGGCGGGAGAGCGAGCCGCCGCUGCGGGACGUGCUCCCGGGCGCAGCUCAAGAAGGUCUCCUGGGGCGUGGCGGUCGCGCUGUGCGUGUGCGCCUCGUGGGCCGGCUCCACGCAGCUCGCCAAGCAGACCUUCCGGAGGUUCGACGCGCCCUUCACCCUCACGUGGUUUGCCACCAACUGGAACUUUCUGUUCUUCCCGUUGUACUACGCGGGGCACGUCUGCAAGUCCGCAGAGAAGCAGUCGGUGAAGCAGAGAUACAGGGAAUGCUGUCGAUUUUUUGGAGACAAUGGCUUGACUUUGAAGGUGUUUUUUACCAAGGCAGCACCCUUUGGUGUUCUUUGGACCCUCACAAACUACCUGUACUUACAUGCAAUAAAGAAAAUAAACACUACGGAUGUCUCCGUGUUGUUCUGCUGCAACAAAGCUUUUGUGUUCUUGCUCUCAUGGAUCGUUCUCAGGGACAGGUUCAUGGGAGUGAGGAUCGUGGCCGCCAUCCUCGCCAUCGCUGGCAUCGUGAUGAUGACGUACGCCGACGGCUUCCACAGCCACUCGGUCAUCGGCAUCGCGCUGGUGGUGGGCUCCGCGUCCGUGUCUGCCCUCUACAAGGUUUUGUUCAAGCUCCUCCUGGGCAGUGCUAAGUUUGGAGAAGCCGCCUUAUUUCUGUCCAUUUUGGGUGUGUUUAACAUCCUCUUCAUCACCUGCAUUCCCGUCAUCCUCUACUUUACCAAAGUGGAAUACUGGAGCUCUUUCGCUGACAUUCCAUGGGGAAACCUUUGUGGAUUUUCAGUUCUCUUAUUGACAUUCAAUAUUGUAUUAAAUUUUGGAAUCGCUGUUACAUAUCCCACCCUGAUGUCUCUUGGAAUCGUCCUCAGUGUCCCUGUGAACGCAGUGGUUGAUCACUACACCAGUCAGAUAGUCUUCAACGGGGUCCGGGUCAUCGCCAUCAUCAUCAUCGGCCUUGGCUUUCUGCUCUUGCUCCUCCCGGAGGAGUGGGAUGUCUGGCUGAUCAAGCUGCUCACCCGCCUCAAAGUGAGGAAGAAGGAGGAGCCUGCGGAGGGAGGUGCAGACCUGGGCUCAGGACCUCAGAGCAAGAACAGAAGAGCCCGCCCUUCCUUCGCCCGCUAAUGCCACUCCUUGGAACUCGGUGGUGACGCCCUUGUGGUGACGAUGGGGAGGUCUAUUGCUGACGGGCGGAACCUCGGUUGGGUAAGGUGUACAUACCUGUACAGUUUUGGUUAUCUGCGGUAAGUUCUAUGGUAUUUAUUGGCAUGUCCAAUUUGCUUGCACUUUUCCACAUCAGACCUUCCAGUUAAGGGUACCAAUUUGACAUGAAAGGGGAAAGAACCUCUCAGCGCUUCAUCAAUGAAUGUAAAGUGGGGUCGAACGGUCCUUGCAUAGAUCGUUUGGGAAGACUGACGUUCUUGACAAGCCAGGGCCAAUGUGUUGAAUCUUAGCAACCGAACACGACAUUGUACACUGUGAUUAUUUUUUCAGCUAUGGUAGGUCAUAUUUUGUUUUAUACCAGAGCUGUACUCUUAAUUUUAAGGAAUUUCAACGAACCAAAAGAUAACUGUCAAUUAAUUUGGAGGGAGGGAGGGCUGGGAUGCGAAGAGUUGAGGCAGAAAUGGAUCGUGGACAUCGAAAACCAUCAGAGGACAGGCUUGUGCCAGGUAACAGGAAGGGACAGAUAAGUCCAAGCCCCGGCUGGCCUGCUCUCACGUGUCUGCGUAAGAUCAUGCAAGAGAAAUUACAGUGCCUUCUACAGAAUUUUCGUCUUUACCUAUGUGAAGCGAGGUGACGUGAUAAGUCACUGGCGCCGUCUUAUAAUUUAGAUGUAAAAAUCUUUAGAAACAAAUAAAACUAUAUGUGUGUGUGUGUGUGUACAAAAAUGGCAAAGCUGAUGACCAGUGUAUGUGGAACUCGGUCUGCGGUGUACAAUAUGCAUAUAAGGUCGAUUAUGCGGAAAGGGGAUUGCUGGUUGCUUUUACUUCCCGACCAAGACUGAACAAUUAUUUACUGAAUCUGUAAACCUUUUUAUGAAACUUUUAAGCACCAGGCUGUUUACUUACACACUUUAGGUCUGCCAGAAAAUUCUAUCUGUGAUAGAUCUGUAAAGAGGGACGGGGGUUAGAGUUUACUAUUUUUGAAGUUUACAUUGUUACAUAUGAAAUGGAAACAUUAUUUUGAAAUGUUGUCAUAACCCAAUGGUGCAUUCUGUAACCAUGGAGUCUUUUGUUUCUUGGGGGAAAGGGGCAUUCAUGACCUGAACUUUUUAGCAAAUUAUUAUUCUGUUUCCAUUACCUGUUUGGCCAAACAGAUUAAUAAAAUAUUUGAAAAAGAA